AUGGAAGGUGCCGAGGAGGCCGACUCUGGGGUGGGCGUCCGCUUCGUGUGUGCUUAUUGUAUUAGAACUCUAGUUUGCAGGAGUUUGAAAAGCCGGUUCAUGGAACCCAGAGGCAGCCAGGAACAGCAGGACUGCGAGAUGGCUCAGGAGAUCCAAGUGAAGCUGGUCAUCGAGGCCGAGCGCAGGCGCCUGCAGGAGGAGAAGGACGAGGACAUCGCCCGCCUGUUGCAAGAGAGAGAGUUACAGGAAGAGAAAAGGCGAAAGAAGCACUAUCCAGAGUCCUCUGGGGCCAACACUUACAACGACAGCUACUACCAUGCGAAUGGAGACCUCGCUCGGUCAAGGAGGAGCCGGGAGCCGGGCUCUGAGCCCCCACGGCCUGGCAGACACCAAGAAGACGGGCCCGCGAGGCGGAGGAGGGACAAACCAAACAGGCCCUCAGAAGACGGGGAAGGAUGCGAGGAACGGCACCCCUCAGAGAACUCUGGGUCCUCCCUCAGGCAUAGCAAGUCAAGGGACGAUGCCCAGACUAGCUGGGAACCCCAGGACAGGAAGCCCUCCGCUCCCGAGAGGCCCCCCAGGUCUCCUCUUCCCAAGAUCAGCGCCAAGGCCAGUGACUGGGACAGCAGCCUUGGCUGUGGCUCCGCCAGGCACCCCGACCACCCUCGAUCCCACCACCAAGACCGACCGUCACCCAAGUGCUCGCAGAAGCCAGGGCCUCCUAGGAGAGAAGAAAGGCGUAGGAGAGACCAUGGGAUGGGGGAGUCACGAGAUAAGAGGGAAGGUCACAGGAAAAGGACCCCCCUGUCCUCCCAGAGUGAGGAGAGGCACUAUUUCACCGAAACAGGAAUGAAGCCGAGGGGGACAAAAGAAGCCAUCUAUACCCAGCCUCGAAUGGCCCACAGGGAUCAGGAAUUAUACGAUGCAGAAAUUGCCAGGAAGCUGCAGGAAGAAGAACUCUUGGCUAAUCAGGUGGACAAGCGAGCAGCCCAAGUCGCACAGGAUGAGGAGAUUGCCCGGAUGCUCAUGGCUGAGGAGAAGAAAGCCUAUAAGAAGGCAAAGGAAAGGGAGAAGUCCUCAUUGGAAAAGAGGAAGCAGGACCCAGAGUGGCAGGUAAUUUUGUCUCUCACCUUUACAUUGAGGGAUUCUGGGGGCUCUCGGUCAACAAAACAAGGGCCUUUGGAGACACGAGCUGUCUGCAUCCUGGACGGCAACAUGCCCGGCUUCGUGGUGCCCCUGGGGGUCACAGUUGAAUCCGAGGGAACAGUAAGUGAGGAGCCGAAAGGCAAGGCCAAAGGCCGGUAA